CCCUGGUCCGGUCGAGGGCAGCGGGGGGAGGAGGGAAGGAGGAGGAGAAGGAGGAGGAGGCGGGAGCAGCAUCCGGAGCCGAGCUGCAGCAGCGCCGCCUUUUGUGCUGCGGCCGCGGAGCCCCCGAGGGCCCACCGCUCACCACUACACCGGGGCCCAGAGGCCAUGGCCUGCCUCCAUGAGACCCGCACACCCUCCCCUUCCUUUGGGGGUUUCGUGUCCACCCUAAGCGAGGCGUCCAUGCGCAAGCUGGACCCAGACACUUCCGACUGCACCCCCGAGAAGGACCUGACGCCUACCCAGUGUGUACUCCGAGAUGUAGUGCCGCUCGGGGGGCAGGGCGGGGGCGGGCCCAGCCCCUCCCCAGGUGGAGAGCCGCCCCCUGAGCCUUUUGCCAACAGUGUCCUGCAGCUGCACGAGCAGGAUGCUGGGGGCCCAGGGGGAGCCACUGGGUCCCCUGAGAGUCGGGCGUCCAGAGUUCGAGCAGAUGAGGUGCGACUACAGUGCCAGAGCGGCAGCGGCUUCCUGGAAGGCCUCUUCGGCUGCCUGCGCCCUGUUUGGACCAUGAUUGGGAAGGCCUAUUCCACGGAGCACAAGCAGCAGCAGGAAGACCUUUGGGAGGUCCCCUUUGAGGAAAUCCUGGACCUGCAGUGGGUGGGCUCAGGGGCCCAGGGCGCCGUCUUCCUGGGGCGCUUCCAUGGGGAGGAGGUGGCUGUGAAGAAGGUACGGGACCUGAAGGAGACUGACAUCAAGCACCUGCGAAAGCUGAAGCACCCUAACAUCAUCACCUUCAAGGGCGUGUGUACCCAGGCUCCCUGCUACUGCAUCCUUAUGGAGUUCUGCGCUCAGGGCCAGCUGUAUGAGGUGCUGCGGGCUGGCCGCCCUGUCACCCCCUCCUUGCUGGUUGACUGGUCCAUGGGCAUUGCCGGCGGCAUGAACUACCUGCACCUGCACAAGAUUAUCCACCGAGACCUCAAGUCCCCCAACAUGCUCAUCACGUACGACGAUGUGGUGAAGAUCUCCGAUUUUGGCACUUCCAAGGAGCUGAGUGACAAGAGCACCAAGAUGUCCUUUGCAGGGACAGUAGCCUGGAUGGCCCCUGAAGUGAUCCGCAACGAGCCCGUGUCUGAGAAGGUCGACAUCUGGUCCUUUGGUGUGGUGCUGUGGGAACUGCUGACUGGUGAGAUCCCCUACAAAGAUGUAGAUUCCUCAGCCAUCAUCUGGGGUGUGGGAAGCAACAGUCUCCAUCUGCCUGUGCCCUCCAGCUGCCCAGACGGCUUCAAAAUCCUGCUUCGUCAGUGCUGGAACAGCAAACCACGAAAUCGUCCAUCAUUCCGACAGAUCCUGCUGCAUCUGGACAUCGCCUCAGCCGAUGUACUCUCCACACCCCAGGAGACUUACUUUAAGUCCCAGGCAGAGUGGCGUGAAGAGGUAAAGCUGCAUUUUGAAAAAAUUAAGUCAGAAGGGACCUGUCUGCACCGCCUAGAAGAAGAGCUGGUGAUGCGGAGACGGGAGGAGCUCAGACACGCCUUGGACAUCAGGGAACACUAUGAGCGGAAGCUGGAGAGAGCCAACAACCUGUACAUGGAACUUAAUGCCCUCAUGUUGCAGCUGGAGCUGAAGGAACGGGAGCUACUCAGGAGGGAGCAAGCUUUAGAGCGGAGGUGCCCAGGUCUGCUGAAGUCACACCCUUCCCGAGGCCUCCUGCACGGGAACACAAUGGAGAAGCUCAUCAAGAAGAGGAAUGUCCCACAGAAGCUGUCACCCCACAGCAAAAGGCCAGAUAUCCUCAAGACUGAGUCUUUGCUACCCAAGCUAGAUGCAGCCCUGAGUGGGGUGGGGCUUCCUGGGUGUGCUAAGGGCCCCCCCUCACCAGGACGGAGUCGCCGUGGCAAGACCCGUCACCGCAAGGCCAGCGCCAAGGGCAGCUGCGGGGACCUGCCCGGGCUUCGUGCAGUUGUUCCACCCCAUGAACCUGGGGGACCAGGAAGCCCAGUGGGGCUAGGAGGGGGACCCUCAGCCUGGGAAGCCUGCCCUCCAGCCCUCCGUGGGCUCCACCAUGACCUCCUGCUCCGAAAGAUGUCUUCAUCGUCCCCCGACCUGCUGUCAGCGGCAUUGGGAGCCCGGGGCCGGGGGGCUACAGGGGGAGCUGGGGACCCUGGCUCACCACCUCCAGCCCGGGGUGACACCCCGCCAAGUGAGGGCUCGGCACCCGGCUCCACCAGCCCGGAUUCACCAGGGGGAGCCAAAGGGGAGCCACCUCCACCAGUAGGGCCUGGUGACGGUGUAGGGCUGCUGGGAACUGGAAGGGAAGGGACGGCGGGACGGGGAGGAAGCCGGGCUGGGUCCCAGCACUUGACCCCAGCUGCACUGCUGUACAGGGCCGCUGUCACCCGAAGUCAGAAACGUGGAAUCUCAUCAGAGGAAGAGGAAGGAGAGGUGGACAGUGAAGUAGAGCUGACCUCAAGCCAGAGGUGGUCUCAGGGCCUGAACAUGCGCCAGUCGCUAUCUACCUUCAGCUCAGAGAAUCCGUCAGAUGGGGAGGAGGGCACAGCUAGUGAGCCUUCCCCCAGUGGCACACCUGAAGUUGGCAGUACGAACACUGAUGAGCGGCCAGAUGAGCGGUCUGAUGACAUGUGCUCCCAGGGCUCAGAAAUCCCACUGGACCCACCUUCCUCAGAGGUGGUUACUGGCCGGGACCCCAGCUCCUUGCCCAUCCCACACCACAACCUACUCAGAGGGGAGCAGGUGAGUCGCAACCAGGUACUGGACAGGGAGCAGAUGUCCAGUCAUUUGAGAGCUGCUGGGGAGACAGAUGCAGAGGCCAGAAAGAUAGGUACUUCGCCCCUGUGUCACUCUAUCUGAAGCUAUUUCCUCCUGUACUAAAGAGCAAAUAUCCACGUGGUAGAAUUUGGGAGAUCUAGAGUACCUAGCGAGGUUGCGUGCACAGUACCUAUAAAUUGCAGCCAGGGAGGAAUCCUGAAACUAGAAGUCUGGUGCCUUGGAGAAUGGCCUGAGCAACUGAAAUCGGGAGACAGUAAAACCUCUAAACCUGCAACUACAAAGACCACAGUGAAGGAUCCUGAAGGAAUCUAUUUGCCAAGAGAUGCUGAGCCGCACAUCACUGCCUUUCUGCUCUUCUUCACAGGGCCCUUCCAACUCUGAGGACUCAGACUGUGACAGCACUGAACUGGAAAAUGCCAACAGUGGUGAAGCCUUGCGGCCCCCAGCCUCCCUCCCUCCAUGAAAGCCACUCUUAUCCUUGUACAUAGAGAAAUAUUUAUAUAAGUAAUAUAUAUGCGCCACAUAAUCAACAAAGACAGGGCUAUCCCAGCCUAAGUCUGGCUCAAGGGAGACUGACCCCUGACCAAGUCACCUGAUAAACUCUAGGGACACUGGCAGCUGUGGAAAUGAAAGACAAGUACUGCCCUAGAGAUAUGGGUAAGGGCAAACUGGCCCCUUCCUGCUUCACUCCAAUACGUUCAGCAAGUGGUGAGGCGACAGAAAAGCCAAACUUGCCUAGUUUCCUCUCUAUUCUUUCUGCCCAAACUAUGAGGAGCAGGAAAGGGAGCCAUUUAGACUGCACUUUUUUGUUUUCCGUUUACUCUGUUUACACAUUUUGCACUUGGGAGGAGGGAGGCUAAGGCUGGGUCCUCCCCUCUGAGGUUUCUCAGGUGGCAAUGUAAUUUCUUUGUCCCUCCAUCUCUCUGCCCAAGCGCUGGCUUAGGGACUAGGGGGAGGCCAGGAGAUUGUGAAAGCAUGUGAUGGCUCAGGCUGAAGAACUGGGGUGUUGUUUUAAGUCCCUGCUUUUAUCUUGGUGCCUGAUUGGGGUGGGGACUGUCACAUUGUAACCCCUGUGAAAAAACCUUGAAAUAUAACCACUCCAUGCAGGCAAGCUGUUGAGGGUUUUCUUGGUGACUGAAUGGGGUAGCCUGCAUGGCUAAGUAGGAGCCUUGGGCUCCAGAUAUUAUCUGAGGACUCUGAGUGACUUCCUCCUUUUUAUGCUUUUCUCACUAACAAACUGAACAUCACUUACAGCCCCAACCUUGUAAAAAUCUACAUAAAUAGGAACAGGUCUGUCUUUAUAAAGGAUUCUAGUAGGACCCAUAAACACCCAUUCUUUUUAAAAACAGGAGACUACAGUUUUAAGUCUGGACAAGAGUAUAGGCAUUCCCAGCAACCUGAACCCCAGUGAGACACACAUUCAGCUGCUUCCAUGUGUAUGCAUGUGCAUCCCUCCCCACCCACCCAGUUGAAGUGCUUGCUUACUUUGCAGACAACUCUUAGGAAAAUAUAACCCCCCAUCUUUUGGACCAAGGGCACAGCCAGCUUGCUAUAUCUAUUAAAGUCACUCUGCAAUGCAGGCUCAAGGGCUACAGAAAAAGAUGGGAGUGGUAAAACAGAAGAAAACAUCUUCAACGGAAUAAAGGCUUACAUUCAAAACCCAAGCAGGGUCCGUGUCCUUUGACGGAUAAAAGGUGCAAAAAUAACAGCAAGACACCAGGAACAAAACCCACAUGAAAUCACUGUGGCAUCCAGUUUCUAUUCACAAAGAAAAAGCUCCAGUCCAUCUUUUAAUUUUUUUGAAAAAUUCCUGACAUUACAGAACUAAACUGAAAUGUAUUAAUAUUCCACUCUUACAUUUCCAUGACAAACAAAAAAAUUUCAUGAGCCAAAAAAAACCCAAAAAAAAAACAAAACAAAACAAAAAAAAAACAGGGAGAAGCUUAUAAAACUAAAUAUGGAUCUCAGCAUUAACAGCUGAACAGAGAAAGGAAUUAAAACGCUUUAAUUAAAAAAUCACGAGUGGAUAAAGUGUGUAGAAACUGAAAAUUUACAAACUAUUUAAAACCUGGAAUCGCUGACUGUUCAGAAACUACACAGAUGGAUCAUGGGUGGUGGUGAACAGCAGAAAGGGAUUAUGGAUGAAUCUGCAUUGUUCUAGCUGCUCCCCAUGCCACCCGUCUCCGAGGAA